CUGGCCGGCACCCUGGCCAUGGAGGACUGCAACGUGCAUUCGGCAGCCAGCAUCCUGGCCUCAGUGAAGGAGCAGGAAGCCCGCUUUGAGCGGCUGACUCGGGCGCUGGAGCAAGAACGGCGCCACGUUGCCCUGCAGCUGGAGCGUGCCCAGCAGCCUGGCAUGGGCAGUGGUGGUAUGGGCAGUGGGCAGUCCCUGCCAAUGGCCUGGCAACAACUAGUUUUGCAGGAGCAGAGCCCAGGCAGCCAAGCGUCGUUAGCCACGAUGCCAGAGGCACCCGAGGUGCUCGAGGAGACUGUGACUGUUGAAGAGGACCCUGGCACACCCACCUCCCAUGUGUCCAUUGUCACAUCUGAAGAUGGCACAACCCGGCGCACGGAGACCAAGGUCACCAAGACAGUCAAGACAGUGACCACAAGAACAGUACGCCAGGUGCCUUUGGGCCCAGAUGGACUCCCCCUGCUGGAUGGCGGCCCCCCAUUUGGCCCUUUUUCCGAUGGCCCCCUGGACCGGCAUUUCCUGCUGCGUGGUGGUGGCCCGGCAGCCACACUUUCCAGAGCCUACCUCAGCAGUGGGGGUGGCUUUCCUGAUGGCCCUGAGCCUCGUGAUGGCCCUAACUAUGGCAGCCUGUCUCGAGGGCUUGGAGUGCGAGCCCCACGCACUGGCCCCCUUGGCCCUGGACCUGGUGAUGGGUGUUUCACAUUGCCUGGCCGCCGGGAGGCCUACCCUGUGGGGCCUGAGCCUGGGCCACAGAGUGGCCGCUCUCUGCCUGAGCGUUUCCAGGCAGAGCCCUAUGGCUUGGAGGAUGACACACGCAGCCUGGCUGCCGAUGAUGAGGGUGGCCCUGAGCUGGAGCCCGACUAUGGCACAGCCACACGGAGGAGACCUGACUGUGGGCGGGGCCUCCGUGCCAGGACCUACGAGGACACAGCAGAUGAUGCCAGUGAGCUGACUGACGAGAGGCCCCCAUUCCCGGCAACAACAGCACCACUGGCCCAGCCCGAGCGGGGCAGCCUGGGCAGCCUGGACCGGGUGGUGCGGCGCUCGCCGUCAGUGGACAGCACCCGCAAGGAACCACGCUGGCGGGACCCUGAGCUGCCCGAGGUGCUGGCCAUGCUGCGGCACCCCGUGGACCCUGUGAAGGCCAACGCAGCUGCUUACCUACAGCACCUGUGCUUUGAGAACGAGGGCGUGAAGCGGCGUGUGCGGCAGCUGCGUGGGCUGCCGCUCCUUGUAGCACUGCUGGACCACCCUCGGGCCGAAGUGCGGCGCCGGGCCUGUGGGGCCCUGCGCAACCUCUCCUAUGGCCGUGACACUGACAACAAGGCUGCCAUCCGGGACUGUGGUGGUGUGCCUGCCCUGGUGCGCCUGCUGCGGGCUGCCCGUGACAACGAGGUCCGUGAGCUAGUCACCGGCACAUUGUGGAACCUGUCAUCGUAUGAGCCCCUGAAGAUGGUCAUCAUUGACCACGGCCUGCAGACACUGACACACGAGGUCAUCGUGCCCCACUCGGGCUGGGAGCGGGAACCUAAUGAGGACUCCAAGCCUCGGGAUGCUGAGUGGACGACUGUCUUCAAGAACACAUCGGGCUGCUUGAGGAAUGUGAGCUCUGAUGGUGCUGAGGCCCGGCGACGACUCCGUGAGUGCGAGGGUCUGGUGGAUGCCCUUCUGCAUGCUCUGCAGUCAGCCGUGGGCAGGAAGGACACAGACAACAAGGUCACCUCUCCCCACAGUCAGUGGAGAACUGCGUGUGCAUCAUGCGGAACCUGUCCUACCAUGUGCACAAGGAGGUACCUGGUGCUGAUAGGUACCAGGAGGCUGAGCCUGGGCCCCCAGGCAGUGCAACAGGCUCCCAGCGCCGGAGGAGGGAUGACGCCAGCUGCUUUGGUGGCAAGAAGGCCAAAGAGGAGUGGUUCCAUCAAGGCAAGAAGGAUAGUGAGAUGGACCGGAACUUUGACACGCUGGACCUGCCCAAGAGAACUGAGGCUGCCAGAGGCUUCGAGCUGCUGUAUCAGCCUGAGGUGGUACGUCUCUACCUGUCCCUCCUUACGGAGAGCCGGAACUUCAACACCCUGGAGGCUGCCGCUGGUGCUUUGCAAAACCUCAGUGCUGGCAACUGGAUGGGUUUUGUGCUGCCUGACCCCUGCAGAGCAGCCCACCGCCCUGCCCCCACCGUCACAGUGGGCCACAUACAUCCGUGCCACAGUGCGCAAAGAGCGCGGGCUGCCGGUGCUGGUGGAACUGCUGCAGUCUGAGACAGACAAGGUGGUGCGUGCUGUUGCCAUCGCAUUGCGCAACCUCUCGCUGGAUCGGCGCAACAAAGACCUCAUAGGAAGCUAUGCCAUGUCUGAGCUGGUGCGGAACGUGCGCAAUGCACAAGCCCCUACACGUCCUGGGGCCCACCUGGAGGAGGACACGGUGGUGGCUGUGCUCAACACCAUCCACGAGAUUGUGUCCGACAGCCUGGACAAUGCGCGCUCACUCCUGCAGGCCCAUGGUGUACCAGCGCUUGUGGCGCUGGUGGCAGCAAGCCAGUCAGUGCGCGAAGCCAAGGCAGCCUCACACGUGCUACAGACGGUGUGGAGCUACAAGGAGCUGCGCAGCGCCCUGCAGAGGGAGGGCUGGACCAAGGCUCGCUUCCAGUCAGCUGCUACCACCGCCAAGGGCCCCAAGGGACCACAGAGCCCUGGGGGCUUUGAUGACAGCACACUGCCGCUGGUAGACAAGAGCCUCGAUGGUGAGAAGCCAGGCAGCCGGGAUGUGAUCCCCAUGGAUACACUUGGUCCAGAUGGGUACUCUACUGUGGACCGGAGGGAGCGGAGGGCCCUGGGCAGCAACUCUGCAGGGGAGGCCUCUGAGAAGGAACCAUUAAAACCCGACCCCAGCAGGAAGGCCCCUCCUCCCGGGCCCAGCAGGCCUGCGGUCAGGCUGGUGGACGCCGUGGGGGACUCUAAGCCUCAGCCUGUUGACUCCUGGGUCUAGCUUGCAUGCCUGGGCCCAGGCUCAGCCAUUUGUUAAGAGAUUGGAUCGCCAGGAGAAAGGCCAUCCUGAGCAGACCCUGUCGUGGAGCUUGGAGCCCUCUGUUGGCAGGGGUUGGUGGAGCCUCCUGUCCUGAGCCAGGGCCCGAUUUUCUGCACACCCUCCUGUCUGUCUCUCCCUCUGCUCUCUUGACCUAACUCCUAGGCCUGAGUUAGCUGUUUACUGACAUGGUGCUGUGUGUGAGUGUGAGUGUGAGAACAUUGGGGCGGGACCCAGUGAGGCGAUAGGGGAGGGAGCCUGGCUUUUCUUUGGCAGAGUAGGAGCGUGUGCCCCAUUUGCAAGGUACCCCAGAGGAGCAGUAUGGACUGAGGGAGGAACAUUCAGGCAGGGAGGGGUCUUGCGGAAAGAAGUUGAACUCCAGAGCCCUACUCCGCAUGGCAGGCUGGCCAUGGGCAGCUUGGGGCUGCUCUAUAAGGGCAGGCCCGGGCAGGGAGGCUUUGGAGGCAGCAAAGUCAGGGUCAGGCUCUGCUUACUCCCUUCUACCCUUGGAGUCCUGUGGGUGGGGGACCCCAAAGCAGAGGGACCCUGCACUGAGCCACUUCUGGCUGGGGCCACCAUGGCUGCUGCCUCGCAUCUGUCCAGAACCUCAAUAACCUCCAGGACUGACCUCCAGUGGUGGCAGGAGACUGCUGUUCAGUGCCUGCUGUUUGUGACUUAAAAACAGAAGAAAAACACUGAUAAAAAGCAUUUAAAAUGAAACCAAAAUAAGAUUGUAUUGGUAAACAUCUAAAUUUUUGUAAGAAAAUUUAAAAAUUAAAAAAAGGAGCAAAGGAACUUCGUGUCUUGUCAGAUCCCCACUUACAAUCCGCUGGCCCCUCCCUUGGUGCUAAGGGUGAAGGGUGGGGAAUGGGCAGACACAGACGGCAGGGGCAGGGGCAGGGGCAGGGGCCUGGCCCAUGUGCAUUUCCUUAUGCCCUCCCACCCUGGGUUGCUACUGAUCCCUUCUUUAGGCCCAGAGGAGUGGGCUGGCUUCUGGGUGAUUAGCUGGCUCUGAGCCCAGGAGCGAAGUCUUGGUCAGGGUUGGUUUAGACUAGGAACUAGACCCCUACUAGGGCCCUGGCAACCCUCAGGGUGGCCAGCAGUCUCCUUCGAUAGUUAAGGCCUGAGGGCCAAGGUGACAGCUGGGGGAGCUUUGGACAUAGGUCAACACAAGCCAGCUCUUCAUCAUUUGCCAGCUGGGCAAUCAGCGGAACUAUCCAGCCAUUCUGAGCCUACCUUUCUCUUCUGGUAAACAAGACUGGGUAGGACAGGAGAAGGUACUUCCACUUAAGGUCACCUGUGUGUCCAGAGGGCCUGGGUACUCUACAUAACCCCAAGCCCACCUGAUCCAGCCCUUUCUUGGUCAGAGAUGGGUGUGAAGGCUUUACCCUGUUCUGGUUUCUAGGGAGACAGACAUCCUGGUGGAUCUAAUGUGUCCCUGGCCUAACCAGAAGGAGCAGUGCCAAGCAGGGUUGGAUCCCCAACGACACUGUCAUUGGCUCCAGUUUUUUGUUGACUUUUUGCAGUGCUAGGGCUUGGAGCUGAUACCUCGUACAUACUAGGCAAGUGUUCUACCACUGAGUUAUAGCUAAGCCUUCAAUUCAGUCUUUAUCAGCAGAUACCAUCCAGAUGCAUCCCAGCAGCCGCCAGCUAGGUGUGCUACCCAGUCCUGAGCCUGGCCUAUAGCAUUAGCAUCCAGUUGCCAGGGGCUUGGCGUGUUUGAUGUUGAAACUGAGGGCCUCAGGAAAGAGGGAGUAGUGCAAUCGAGAAGAAUAAGACUCAGUUGAUCUCUUGUAUAUAAAUGUUUAGAUCUUUAAUUUCCAUUUUAUGUCUUUUAAAUGUUUUGGUAUGGAGGAUUAUUACAGCUAGCUGAGUUUAGUAAAGAGGUUAUGAGUUAGUCUUAAAAAGGUAAAAAUUUGAGUCAGAAGUGUGAUGAGUUGGUGGCUGGUACUGUCACCGAGACACUGCUGCCACCUGGUGACAGCAAACCUCUAGGAUGGCCUGAGUGAGCCCAGCAGUUUCUAGAUGUCUGCAGCUUGCUCAGUCUUUCCCAGGUCUAAUGAUUUGUCAGUGCCUGCGGACCACU